AUGGUUUUUCAUUAUUUUCAUGGAGUUUUUCAGUUUCCAGCUAGAUUCAGGCUUUCUUUAUAUGACGAAUUUGAAAAUGGACAUAAACUUAGUCUGGAAUUAUAACGCAGAAAAACAAAAACAAGCCCAAGUUAAGAUAAAUGAAGUUUGUUUCUACACUUUCAACUAAAUUUCAAUAUCGAUCUGUUCAUUAGCUUUUGUAUCAACUGUCUGUCGUAAGUGGUCAUGCAAAAGUAAAUUUAUACAUCGACCCUUGGGCUGCCUGUGCGUGCUGUAGAGUCUGCACCCGUCUGCGCUACCUUCUCCGCCGUCUGUUUACUUCAGCUCAGCUGUUGAAUAUAUACCCAGGUGUAGAGGCGGGGGCCUACUGCGAAAGCCUGUUUUCUUUACUGCAAGAAGAGGUAUGUACGUUGCAACAUUUUACAUUAAUUUUUCAUACCUGCAACUGAAAACGUGAUCGAAAAGAAUACAUAACAGAUUGGGUUGUGAGAUGUACCUUAGAGUUUCCACCGCUUUUGGAGUGUUUAAAAGGAGUUACCACGACGGCUCUUGAGCUGUUUCUAACCUUAAACAUUUUGAAUGCACUUCCUUUGUCGUAACUCUCCUCUACCGGUUUAAGACAUAUAAGCCUCAGACCCCAUAUAAGCACUCUUUCCCCACUCCAAAAUUCUACAAAAUAGCGGAGAUUAAUUUUAACCAGUAGACUUUAGCUUAAUGCUAGUAGCGUAAGAUGAGUUUAUGAAUAGAAAGGAGAUAAAUAUGACUGUUAUACGUUGCCCUCACUAUCUUUCUUCUCAUUGGCUAAGAGGCUUAUUUUGGAAAUCAGCGCAACCUAUAAGUACUGCUGAUUAGUUAGUUAUCUACCAGCAGAUAACUUACUAAUCUGUAGGUUGUGCGUGCAAUUCAUGAUUUCCAAUAACAAUUCCUUGCAACAGUAUGUUUGUCGUAAUUUUCUUCAAACAGUCGUAUAAUAAAACAGUUAUUCAGUUUUUGUCCUAAAUAAUCAAGGUCUUGCUAUUAGACGUGCGUUUUAAUCAGCCUCGGGCCUUCAGCUCGCUGAUAACACUUUAUAUCCUGAUCACAAAAACCUCAUCCAAUAACAAUUGUUUCUACCAAUCAACUAUAUUUCAUAAUGUCGGCAAAUUGCUAAGUUUCUAGUUGAUGACCACGACCGCUAAUUAUUACAAUUAUUAUAUAUAUGGGACAGGCUUGUCUCCGGUUGAUAGCUGAAGACCUGCAUUUACAAUCUCAGUCUUUUGGUAAUUUUUCAACUUUUAGACACCUGCUUAAUUCCUUCAGACAAUCCCUGCAUUAAAUUGUGCCACUGGUGUUUGUAUUCAGUGGUUAUUUUUGAUACAAAAGCAUAAGCAGCAUGCAUAAUUUUGAGAAAUAUAAUUAAAAAUUAUGUUCAGUGGGUAUAAGAGGUUCCAACUUUGGCUUAGACUGGGAAAAUAAUCUUAUUGUGGUCACAUUUUGGAGAAGUUCGGUAAUGACAGGGUGUUUGCAUGCGGAAGCUUGUCAGUAUAUUGAAAUAUUAUUUUUGUAACAAAAGUAGGGGUAACUUGUAACUUAAUGAGAAGAAAAAAUGUUGAGUUAUGGAUGCCGAAAUCUCCGCUGGAAGUUUUGGUCGAUGUCCAGCUGCAGGUGAAAGUUUCCGGGGGGGGGGGGUACUCCCUCACAAGAGGCUAAUGGGGAUGUGUUGCUGGAUGAGGUUGCAUUUUCUCAACUGGAGUGACUAUAACAGGGUCGCAAAUUUUUGGAUUUUGGGGGUAAGUAGGGAUUCAAAAUGGGAAGAUUCUCGGUUAAAAAAGUCAGAAAGUUUUCGUUUAUUAAAUUUAACAAUACGCUUGCAUUGACAGCAUUACAUUCCGCCGCUUGAAACCACAUUGAUAAGGUAGAGGCAUAAAUAGAAAGUGACUAAGUAAUGGGAUCGUGAAAAUUACGUUUUCCAAAAAGUGACUAAGAUGGGGUCUGUACCCUUGCGAAAUGGAAUUGAGAAUUCCUAGGAAUUCCUAGGAUUUUCCUAAGAAUUCCUAAGAAUUCUAAGGUGUGAAAUUUCACGGUAAUUGGAACAUGGAAUUCCUAAGAAUUCCUAGGAAUUCCAAGCUUUGCUCACCCAUCAGUUGGCUUGGAAAAUAUUCCUAGGAAUUCUUAGGAAUUCCUAGGAAUUGAAAGAAUAUAAACAGAAUGAUUACUUCUUAGGAAUUCCUAGGAAUUUCCUAGGAAUUCCUAGGAAUUCCUUGGAAUAGCUUUGAAUAGGUAGGUCAAGUAAUAUAUCAAACAUGAGACGCAGUGUUUCAUCACCAGAUGAAACACCAAGAAGUGAGUUGAAAAUACGACGCGCAGCGGAGUAUUUUUGACGAACUUCGAGGUGUUUCAUCUAGUGAUGAAACACUGUGUCGAAUGUUUGAUAUUUCUUCUCAAACAAAAUCAUUUUUGAAGGAGAAAUUAAGGAUGCAAAUACUGAGCAGAAGUUUUUCAUCCGAUUUCCAAACACUCAUUAAACAUUAAUUUUCUUUGUAUUUUCUUUAUGAAUGAUUAAUGAGUUUGAGAAUAGGGAUGUAACAAAUCGACCUGCUGCCGGAAUUAAGGGAUAUUCGAAUCAAAAACUGAUUUGCAUUUAAACCCUUAUGUUAAGGAAGUUAAUACUAGAAGUUGCUAUUUUUUUUUUGCUCUCCGAAGCAGAAACCCAUAAGGCAAAUGUACAAAAACUGAAGCAAUGUUUAUUCCAGCAAUAACUGAAAAAUAGCUCUCCAUGUUAACAAAAAAUACUUCUUCUGCUUUAACUUGACUUAAAAAUUUCACUGCACUGAUCGUCUAAAUGUUCCAAAAAUUACAACAGUGACCUCAAAAAAUCAAAUUUGAGACAAUGACUUUUUGUGAAGUAGGAAUCAAAUAAUUCAGUAUAAUGACUGUAGUCCUUAUAUACAUAUGAAUAAACUUAGAUAUAGAUAUACUUACACAUAGAUAUACAUGUAGUGUAAAGUAAACUAUCGCUAUAGUCAUGAUUGAAAAAAAAAAUGUAAAACAUAACCUGUUCAGGUGGAAUCUCUAGAUAGUGAGAUAAUGUAAAGUAACAUAUACCUAGUCAUGAUUGAAAAAAAAUAUAAAAACAUACCCUGUUGGUGGAAUCUACAGAUAGUGUUUGUUUUUAAUCCAAAUGACAACAUCAGCUGAACAUUCUCUUUUUCGUAAUUUAUUUUACCUAACAUACACAUCACCACAUUCCACACACAUGCAUGUAAAUAAACAUCUUCGAAUAAUUAAUACAGUGCAUGAAUAUGAAAAAAAGCUAAUAAAUGACUGCUUUUUCCAAUGUCGCCGAUGCAGCCUUCUGAACUGAAGGUCCACACAUCAAGCAAGUGCUAGUGCUAGUUGUUUUUGACCUUAAUAUUGCAGCGAUUAUUAAGAUUACAUGUACCAGAAGCAUUUAAUAUAAAACCUUAUGCAACCUAUACUAUGAAUUAAAGUUCAAAUGAACAAACCUACCGGCAGUAUUCUAAUAUUUUAUAUGUAAGUUCAAGUCUCAAGUCCUUAUAAAUUAACUGGAAAUUUCAUUGCUUCUAACUUGUAUAAGUAGCCAUUGGAAACUUAUACUUAUUAUGCUAUUUCUUCUCCUAUUUUAUCUAACAUUGGUCUUGACAAGUCUGCUAUAACCUUGUAGCGCCAGAACAUACAGUUUUCAGAGUAUUCCACUGACUAUUUGCAACAAAGAGUACAGUUCUUUCGAUCUGCAGUAAACAAAAAGCAGCAAAAAGGGAUCUGAUCAAUGGCAUAUCUUCACAUGCAUCUUUGAACUUUGUAAGCUUAUUUACGCAAAGUUAUUAGAAAACAUACCUUUCCACAUUAAUCCAGCUGAGUAAACUCACUUGCAAACAUGCUUUAUGUGAACACAAACUUCGCAAUUGAUCAAUUUGUCUCGAAAAUAACAUGGAUAAUAGAAAGACGGUCUUACGAAAAUACUUUGUUGCUUGUGAAGUCCGCGUGAAUUUGAACUAUUCAACGGAAGUUCAUUUGGCACUUUUCUGUUGGUUCAAAAGUCGCACGUGACAAAGUAAAUCAAAUCGCGCAUGUGGCAAAGGCACGCGUGGAAGCCUGGGAAACAAGAAAACAUGGCGGCUAAUCUUGCGAGGUCCAUCUUGCGAAGUGCUCCUGUUUGGGUCGAAAUAGCAGUUAUUUUCAACGUUAAUUAAGAUGAAGCAACGCAUUUGAAGUGUUAAAAGCAGAAGUAAACUUAACGUUGUUCUUUUAAGUUGGGAAAGAACUGCGACGAAAAACGUGUUGUGGCGGCCGUUGUUCCGGGCUUGGCCGGGCUUGCCAUGCUUUUGACUGCACUCCUGAUGCAAGGGUUGAAGGGAAUCAAGACAGCCCAUGUUUUGUGCGUUCGCCUAAUUUCCGUGGAGUAUGUGGAUAAACAACGUACAUUGCAGACUGGAAAUGCACUUCAUAUUUUUAAAAACGAGACUUCUCAUUUCAGACAACAUUUUGCACUGAAAGUGUACUGGACAUGUAACAGCGUUAAAUAUUUAUUGCUGUAAUAUGCUGUAAUAAUGUAAUUUAGAUACGUUAAAUUGUUAUCUUAAUUUAAAUACUGGUUGGAGGUUUGUGAACAGCAUUCGCCACAUGUCAGCAUUACCAGAUUUAAGGUAACAUUGAGUUGAAUAUAAGAAUGUAAGUAUAGAAGUAUACAUUACCAGUAUGUUCUGUAUUAUAAGUUUAGAAUUGUUUCAGUGCAAUCGCUUAAAAUUAAAAUGUGAAAAAAUAAGAAAAGACUACAAAAUCUUCCACAAUUUUUAAAGUCUUUCUGAUUUUUAAACAUCCCUCAGCUGAAUUCCUAAUUUGCAUAACUUAGAAUUCCUAGGAAUUCCCAGGAAUUCCAAGCCCAGUUGGCCUGAAUUUUUCUAUUCCCAGAAAUUCUCAACAAUUCUUAAGCUUCUAAAAUUGUAAAACUUACAAUUCCUAGGAAUUCCUAGGAAUUCCAAGCCUAGAGUGAGACCUAAUUUGCCAUUCCCAAAAAUUCUCAAGAAUUCCAAGCUUAUUUGAUGAAGGCUGAUUUGCAUAGUUGGGAAUUUUUGGGAAUUCCUAGGAAUUCCCAGAAAGCUGGGAAUUCAUUUCGCAAGGGUACUUGGCCAAAAAAUAGACUAUUUAACAAUUAUUCCCCGAGCCCGAAUGGGCUAUAUUGACUUGGAGGCCAUUCGGGCUCGAGGAAUAAUAAUUGUUUUAGUAAAAUCCAACUAGUUGGUAAAAAAUAUCGAGAAUAAAAAAAUUGUAGCUAUAGUUUAAACUAGAGUUUAAUCCUUUUUUGCCACCAAAAACCAGGCACUUUUCUCUAUUAGUGGGCUAUAACAUAUAGCCUAGUAGUAGCUCAACCAAUCAGAAUGCAGCAUUGAUAAUAGACCACUAGUUGGAUUUUACUAAAAUGUAUGGGAUAGGCCAGCGGCACAUACCUAGCAAACAUUAACCCAAGUACCCCCCCUCCCCCCGGGGGAAAAUUUUCACUUCUACAGUGUAGAGUUGGUCGAUUAUUUAGACCAAUUUGCCAGUUAGUUUUGUCUGGCCAACACUUACCAUUCUAUUUCCCAAUUUUCUUGUAAUUUUACAGUCUGUGAAAAGUAAUCAGAAUUUUGGUCUUAACUUAAGAGCGGAAUUGCUUUGACCCAGUUGGAAACUUUGCUUUAAAUUAUUGAAUAGUGUUGUUAUCAUGUUUUCCUGCACUUAUGCAUAGAUCCAUUAGUUUCUGAGCUUGUUUGGCAAAAUGUAAUAAAAGCAUCAUCGUAAUGGUUUACUUAUUAAUGUUACAGCACAAACAUUGAACAGAACAUUAUUAUAUAGUCUUCUCACUCUUCAUAUAAUUCUGCCAAGACCAAGGGAAUUUUUUUUCUGCUGUUCCUGAUAGUACUGAUGGAAAAUAUAAAAUAUUGUCUAAAAAGGUUUAACCACAUGAAUAAUUAACUAGCUUCAAGGCAGAAAACAAACAUUUAUCUCAUCAACAGUUACAAUGGUCUUGCUUUAUUUUAAUUGCAGCAAGUGGAAAUCACCUGCAGGCCUUAAUUUUUACAGUUCAUUCCAUUUGAUUCAAUUAGCCAGCGUGUGUAGCUGUUGGGGUUAGAAAGCUGAGGAGUGCUGUCAUUUUUUGGCAGCAGAACUGCAGGAAGUUUGGGAGCAAGCCGAAUAUUCUGCCUUGCAUAAAGAAAAUACCCACUGCUUAACAAACGUACCAGAUACACAGUGAGGCUAGAUUUCUUCCAGCCCAAGUUGAGGUAAGUGAAGUUUAUUCCUACACUAAUACCUAUAGUUUCUCUGUAUCAAAUGUUUGAAAGGAAGAGAGUGCAAUGGGGUGUCAGUGGUUGGUUAUGCAAAAUUAGUAAUUCAUUAGGAAAUUUAUGCAUCAAACUUGGCCUGCUGCCUGGAGUGUGUGUGAUGUAGAAACUCUGCUGUCUGUUUUCUUAUUUCAUACUUCAGCUCAGCUUGAGCAGAUAUCAACACAUCUGAAGAGGCCAAGGCCUUAAAGACUGCAAAAGCCAGAGUGUUUUGUUUGCUACACGAAGAGGUAUGUACAAUAUAACAUUUUACUUUUCAUGCCCGUUACUUGGAAAGUGAUUGGGGGAGAAUACAUUUUUCAGAAUUUAUUUGGUUCUUUGAGUCCAUAAAGUCAAAAUAUUUUAACAAGAUGGGACUUGUAAUUUAUUAGAGUAAAAAAAGGAUAAUGCUGAGUUUACAGAUGCCGAAAUCUCCGCUGGAAAUUGUUGUUGAAAUAUGAUUGGAAUGUCUGGCUGUUAAAAAUUCUCCUGAAAAACUGAUCCACUUCCAGAGCUCGGCAGGUCAACCUAACUUAUUUUGAGCAGUCAGUAUUGUCCGGCCAACACUUUACCAUUUCAGUUUCCCAAAUUUCGAGUCUCACCUUGCAAAAAGUAAUCAGAAUUCAGGUCUUAACUUAAAUAGAAUGCUUUGACCUAGUUGGAAACUUUGCUUCAAGAAUAAUGUUAUUACGUUUUCACUUGGCAAGAUCUACUGGUUUCUUACCAGCUUGUUUGGCAAAAAGGCAAGCACCCCUAUGAUGGUUUAAAUGCAUAAAUGAUUGAAAUGUUAUGCAACAAACAGUAUGAAUAUAAGGGGAUAUAAGGCAAAAAGACAUCGCUAUAUAGUCUUUUUUCAUGUAAUUCUGCUGGGAUAAAGAUAUUUUUUUUCUGGUAAUCCUGAUGGUACUGAUGGUUACAAGGGAAAAUAAUUAUGUCUUAAAACUGGUGACCACAUGAAUAAUUAACUUCCAGGCAAAAUAAUUAUUUAUCUUGUCAGCAGCUACAACAGUUUUAAUUUUUAAUAAUUUUUUUCAGUUGAUUCCAUUUGAUUUAGUUAUAGCCAGCUGGUGGGUUAGUGGGGGGUGUGCUGUUGUUUUUGGUAGCAGAACCUCAAGUUUGGGUGCAAGUCAAAUUUUAUUUCCCCAUCCCAUAAAAAAAAAUGCCCAGCACAUAAACCUGCCAACCACACAGGCUAGAAUUAGUAAUCUUAUUUGAUUUUUUUAAACCCAAGAUUUCAAUUUCUAUGGGGCGUUUAAGGUGAUCCAUUUUUCCAAACACCAUUUUUUUUUAUUUUAGCCAGUGAAACAAAAAAGAAGACAUCUUAAACCUAUGAAAAAAAUUAUACCUGGGUAUAAAUACGUCUUGAACUCUCAAUGCAAUGAAAAUGCGGUCAGUGGUUUUUCAAAUAGGUGACAUCAUUAACAAAGACUAGUAAUAAUAAUAAUGAAUAUUUUAUUAUUGUUGAAGGGCUCCACACAAAAAUGUCCCCACGCUCUCUUCCUUUUUGUAGGGACCUUUUAACUUGGAAGCCUUGUCAAUUAUAAACCUCUAAAAGUGUAGCCUAACCUUUACUUACAUUAACACAGGAGAACCCAGCUCUAGUAUCAGUUCAACAACAUGACAUGGAGAGAUGAUGGAUCUGGUAACCUGACAGUUUCUGGAGCAAAGGUUAGCUUCACUGGGAGUGGCAAUUCCAAGGGGAAUGCUAUCUGGAGUCAAGGCAGAACUGGGAGUUGGGAGUUUAAUGUGACUGGAAGUUCCGGAACCUGGGUGGGAGUUUCUGCUGAGGAUAAGUUUGCAGCCGGUUGGGGGAUGAAGGGAUUGUUCUAUGGCGGGCUGGGCAACUUGAGUGAUGGCAGUAGCCUGGUGACCAGUCGCUGGGGAUAUGACCUAAGUUUGGUGAUGGUGAUGUCAUUGGAAUGCGGUUGGAGCAGACUGGUGACAAGAUUGUGCUGGCAUUCUCUAAAAAUGGAAGUGGACUGGGAGUGGCAUUUGAUAUUUCUGGCUACAGUGGCAUGGAGUUCCGUCCAGCAGUUUCCAUGGAUGAAGUGGGACAGGGUGUGACAAUCUCUGAGACUGCUACUUCUAGCCUGGAUGCUUUCCAGCUUGUUCCUACUCCAAGACAAGGGGUGGAAGGAGACUGGCAAGGGAGGUUCAAGCUGAUGAUUGAGAAAACUGGAGAAGCAAGCUGGCACAUUUCAGUCGAAGUGGCCAACAUUAUAUCCUGCAAUGUAACUCAGGGUGCUGAUGGUAAACUCGUGUCAGGACCAGUCAUGUCAACAAGGAUGAUGCCACCUCCAGAGCUCCAGCUGCUGGAGAAUGAGGCUUCCUCCAUCCUGGGGGGUCUGACUUCACUCAGACGGGAAGGAGAGACCCUGGUGCUGGAAGGAGGUGGAAAGAAGGAGAUCUUUACUCCUGCUGCUGGACCUGGUCCUGCUACCAAGGACAGUGUCAACUGGAUGCAUUGAAAAUCCUUCCUGUCCACUAAAAGGAGACCUUUACCAAAAUUCAUAUCCUGUGAUUAAAUUUUCACAAAAUUGUUUAAUUGUUUUUAAGCAUUGAAUCACUUUGAGUGACUUCUAUAGUACAUUUCAGUAAACAAAAUAAUAAAUAGACAAGUAAAUGAAUUAAUAGGUAAAUAACAUUAAUAAAAAAACAUUUUAUGCAUUUUGUAAAGCCAAAAAACUGAACCUGGUACAAAAAAUGAAACAGUUCAUUUAAUUUUUAGAAUUUGGUUGUUCAAGGAAAAGGCAAAUAAAAGCUGAUUUUGCUGGUAACAAUAAAAAGAUCAGAUCAGCGCCGAGGGGGGAGGUCUGGGCCUUUUAUUUUGUUAAAAUAGAACUGGCUUUUAAAGUUCCAGUCUUUGGUUCGGAAGUUCUAGAUUAGAAGCAAUAAAGAUUUGUUUUCACUACAAAAUCAUUCUUGUGAUAUGUACGACGUUCUUAUACGUUUUAUGCACUAGAACUGAUACAACUGCUUGCUUAAUAAGAUAUCUAAAAGGAGUUGGAAACUAAAUAAAUUAUUUGGGGUAAAUUUCAUUAAACAUGAUCAUAUUUAUCUUUUUGAGAACUAUUUUCAAGUGUUAAAUAAUAUCUAUACUUCGAUUUGCUGAAUAGAAUGCUGCCGAAAGAAAUAUGAAAAAUUGUUUAGUGGGAUUCUGAGCUUGGCUUUGGAUACGCCCAAUUCAGGGUUGCCGAUCAACAUGAAAUUCUUAUGUUUUUCCCUCAAAUAAAAAUACGAUCAUAUCAUCAGAAAACUUGAUCACAGGACCGAGAAGGGAAUAGAUUUUACUGGAUUUUCCAGGCCAUAGUUUUUGUAAUUAAAUAUUUCAAUUUCUUCGUUUUCUACAUCUGAAUUUAGAUUUUUUGUGAGUUUUCUAGCCUGUUGUAUGAUUUUUUUGUCAGAUGGCUUUUUACCUUCGUCGCCUGUUACUAUGCUCUCUAGGGUUGACAAUUUCCGGAAAAAUGUUUUCGGUGGGAUAUCCGCCGAUAAUUUUAGGCUUGAAAAUUUUGGUUCCAUAGACGAUGCGGAACGAGAACUUCAAAAAACCAAUAGGUUUAAUAAGCAAAAGAACAAUUUUGCACGUGCAUCACACUUUUUUUUUUCUUGAACUUGAGUAAGGCUCGUAGGAAUUCAAUUCCAAAAGAGUGCGCAUACAUCCGACAAUAUAAGUGAGUUCACGGGAAUAAUCGCGAUGAAGGUUGAAAAAACGCAAAUUCACUUUUUGAAGAGAAGUUUUCCCUGCCGUCGCCGUCCUCGAUCUGAGACGUCUCAGUCAAAUCUUGGCUCCGAUGUCAGAAUCCUCGUUCAGGGGCAUUGUGUUGUCAUCGUUAAGCUAUCCUUUCCAUAAAAAACAUCUUUGAAUAAGAUUCACUGCGCAUUCCCUUGUUAAUCAAACAAGAAACUAAAUAAUUUGGAUGAUUUGUUCGUUUUUGCUAUUUUCACUUCAAUGCUCCAUUUCUCCCACUAAGACGCUCGGUCGCCCCCCAAAAAGUCAUUAAAAUUCUUCGAUAAUGCUUAAUCUCGCGGAGCGAGUUUAUAAUUUUGUCGCGCGCGCAGCGCGCAGAUCACGCGAGGAUCGCAAGCAGAGUGCGAUUUCGUUUUGGUUAUAAAUCUUUCUUUCUAUCUUAUUUUGUUUGGUAUCCGCAGUUGCCCAGGUGCAUUUUGGGUUUCCAGGCAACACGGCCACCGACUAGGGCUCAUUUUAUUCAUCCUCUGUCUGCCCCUCUGUUUACUUAGCCUGCGUGGCAGGCGUUAAAAGGGGGAGGGGGAAUUUGGGCGCCCGAGAGAGCCCUAAUUCCCUUCCCCUUCCCUUUCGAACGCCUGCCACGCAGGCUACUGUUUACUGCCAGUAGAAUGCGAUGAAAUUCCAUGAUACGUGAAGUUUCCGGUGUUUUCACUUGCACGAAAUUACAUGGUACGUGAAAUAUCAGACACUCAAAAACCACUGUAAUUUAGAGUUCAUGAAAUUACUGAUGUUGAAAUUGUGGCAAAACUCCCUGAUACGCAAAAAUUGCAGCACGUUUAUUGUACUAACUUCGACGAUAUUUUCAAUUUCCAUGCAUGGUAUUGAAAAACGUGAUACCGCCUUUUUACUCCAUCGACACCCCGGGGGGGUACUCCCAUACAUUACCUAUACGGGUAUGUGCCGCCCAACGGGGUCGUGAUUUUGAAGCUCCUGAUUUAGAACGGGGUAUCCAUUUCAGAGGCAUUUUCUAGAACGGGGUAUAAUUUUUCAAACGCACGAAAGCUCCAGUUUUGUAAGCGGCCAUUUGAAAUUAUUCAAGGACACAUUGCUUUUAAAAAUACUGUUCAAUGCAUUAACAAGCAAACUGUUGUACUCUUUGUACCUUAGAACGGAGUAUAAAAAAUUGGCCCAUUUCUAGAACGGGGUAUCAGUUUUAGGGCGAAUUCUAGAACGGGGUAUCAAUUUGAGGGGAAAUUUUUUUUAGAACGGGGUGCCAAUUUGGAGUCCCGGGCGGCACAUACCCACCCAAAAAAUACCCAAGUGCCCCCCCCCCCCGGGUCGACACCUCACGAUAUGUUUCGUGGUCAGCAUUGCAUUUCAUUGCAUUUCAGGAACUCUUUUGUGUGGUUGCAGUAUUAUACUGAAAAUGAUUUAUCUGACCGCCCCAGCAGGGUGCAAGGAAAGUCAUUUUUAAAGCCUGCCAUUCGAGCAAGCUAAAGCUAGCAUAUACCACAGGUAACCCAGGCUCUGUGAUAGUACCACAGUACGGUUCCAGUAAAAUUACAGUGUUUGUAUGGGGUAAAAAUAUAAUCCUAAAAUUUCUAGGAAAUACUAAAUAAAGAUCAAUGAAACUUACUCUGCAGUUAAUUGUUGUUGUCCUUAUUGCUCCAACGAAGUUUCGUGAUAAUUUGCAGUAAUUUGUUCAAAUUCACUCUAUCUACAAUAAUAAUAUACAAGGUAGGAAACACGAGGUGCCAUUUUCGCCGACAUGCUCUCAUUCAACACAACUUUUUCCACGAAAUUCGAACUCCAACGGAAAAUAAACAUGCCAGGAUCGUAGAAAUAGGAUAGCAGCAGAUAUAGAAACCAAUGAAGCUUUCCCAGAUAGAGAAACGAAUCCCACAGACUUUGACAAACUCCAUGAAUAUAAUCCAAACACUAACACCGAGAAUACGCUCGCCGAAGCAGCCGGGCCAGAUCAACACGCGGCCAAGAAAAUGAAGCCUGGGCACUGUACUAAAAAAUUCCAUCCCGGGGGUCCUGGGGUGACCUUUCUAGGGACCGAUACAUCAUUUGCCCAAGGCCACCCUCCCCUGCUGGAAAAAUACUUGAUAGAAGGCAAUUGUUCUUCCUAGCCAAUCACUAUGGCCUGUUAUAAAGAGAUUAUUUUCCUCUCGAACUAUAUUCAGCUCCUGGCGCUGGUCCUCAGAAAGUUUAUCAAACAUCAAUAGGGCAAGGUUAUAAGGGCAAAGGAAAGAACAACGAAGGACGAUUUACAAAACUUAAAACGAGCAAAAGAUAUAAGUGAAUUUUGGCUCUUACCGAGGCAUUUGUACAACAGGACCAAAUUCAAAGAGAGGUGUAUCACGAUGAUUCACAUAUUUAACCGAUAGAGCGUUCACUUGUAUUGACAAGAAGUCGGCGUGUUACUGCCGCAUUAAUCGCUAAAUAUGUUAAUCGCGCUAGUUCUUUGUUUACUAGUGCACGUGCCUUUCACAUUCGUCUCAGUUAUCGCAAUUCAUAUUCUGUCGCAAUUUUCUGUAUAAUUUUUGACAUUAGUUUGUAAGCUUCACCGUUUAUUUACAAUAGUUUCGCUCGAGAGUUCACAGCAACAGUAUCUCAGUCAUCAUCUACCUUUUGUUCAACCUUGUUUUUAGCCCGCCUUGUAAGCAUUUCGCGUUGUUAUUUCAUUAGUUUCAUUACUGUUAUUUGCAUUCCUUAGUAAAAGAAAUGGGACACCUUGUAACUCCGCAGACUCUCCUGAUUAUAUUACUUUUUUUUUAGCCAUUUAAAUUCAGGCGCGUGUGCGGGGUUUGCUCUGGCAAAUGGUGAUUGGCUAGGAAGAACAAUUGCCUUCUAUCAAGUAUUUUUCCAGCAGGAGAGGGUGGCUGUGGGCAAAUGAUGUAUCGGUCCCUAGAAAGGUCACCCCAGGACUCCCGGGAUGGAAUUUUUUUGUACAGUGCCCAGGCUUCAUUUUCUUGGCCGCGCGUUGAUCUGGCCCGGCUGCUUCGGCGAGCGUACUCUCGGUGUGUUUGGAUUAUAUUCUUCGAGUUUGUCAAAGUCUGUGGGAUUCGUUUCUCUAUCUGGGAAAGCUUCAUUGGUUUCUAUAUCUGCUGCUAUCCUAUUUCUACGAUCCUGGCAUGUUUAUUUUCCGUUGGAGUUCGAAUUUCGUGGAAAAAGUUGUGUUGAAUGAGAGCAUGUCGGAGAAAAUGGCACCUCGUGUUUCCUACCUUGUAUAUUAUUAUUGUAGAUAGAGUGAAUUUAAACAAAUUACUGCAAAUUAUCACGAAACUUCGUUGGAGCAAUAAGGACAACAACAAUUAACUGCAGAGUAAGUUUCAUUGAUCUUUAUUUAGUAUUUCCUAGAAAUUUUAGGAUGAUAUUUUUACCCUAUACAAACACUAUAAUUUUACUGGAACCGUACUGUGGUACUAUCACAGAGCCUGGGUUACCUGUGGCAUAUACUAGCCCAAACGUCAUUUCAACUAGCCCCAAAAACAUUUCGAUGAGCAGAAUUGAUUUUUACAGUUCUUCUGUAAAACGUAAUUUGAAUUCCUCAAAAAAUUUCAUUUGCCCAUCGGGCAAGUUAAGGACAAAAUUCCCUCGCCCGAUAGCAAAAUUAAAGUGCUAGUAUUUUUUUCGAGCAUUUUAGUGAAUGCACAAACAGUAAUAAAUGUUUGAUAUCAAGGAAGAAAAUGUUUCAUCACGGUAGCAACUUCAUAUCUAGUAAAAAAUGUGUGGUAAAUUGAUUAAUCGCGGAAAAAUUAGCCUCCCAUGCAGACUUUCUUUGGGGUUCGUCACAUGUUCCUGCCCCUUUUCGUUUGGAAGGAGUCGAGUGCGUUAUGAGCCAAAUUAAAAGAACGCCUGCGGGGGAGGCUAGGAAACGUUAGCACUUGACAGAAGCGUAUGGCUAUCAGUGUUUCCCAGCCAUGUUGUCAAGGAAAUAAAUCUCUCUCUGUCUACUCUUGGCGCUAGGUAUUCACAAGAAAUUUUAUGUAUUACGGAACUACAGGUGCGGAGGAGAUUUCAGUUUUCUGUUAGGAUGUGUCCAACAAAUUACGAAAAAUUCCGUAAGCUGCUUGGCUCUUUAGAAAGUAAGUGA